CCCCGCAACAAGGAACAAGAACAAGAAGUCUUGAACUGGAUCUUUGAAGUUUUGGGCGAAAAGGUGCCAGCCGGUCAAUAUGAAGAUAUCUUGAAGGACGGUAUUGUCCUCUGCAAAUUGAUCAACAAAUUGGCCCCCGGUUCCGUUAAGAAAAUCCAAGAACGUGGUACCAACUUCCAGUUGAUGGAAAACAUUCAACGUUUCCAGGCUGCCAUCAAGAAAUACGGUGUCCCCGAAGAGGAAAUUUUCCAAACUGCUGAUCUCUUUGAACGUCGUAAUAUUCCCCAAGUUACAUUGUGCUUGUACUCUUUGGGACGUACCACCCAACACCAUCCUGAAUACACCGGCCCCACAUUGGGACCCAAAAUGGCCGAAAAGAACGUUCGUGAAUUCACCGAAGAACAAUUGCGUGCCCACAAUGCUGAACUCAACUUGCAAAUGGGUUACAACAAGGGUGCCUCUCAAUCUGGCCAUGGUGGUUUCGGCAACACCCGUCACAUGUAAAUAAUUCCG